AUGGCGUUCGGCAACAUCCUCACCAUUGCCGGUAUCCUCCUGCUAUUUAUUGUGAUCUUCGCCUUUGGGGUCGUCUCCCAGCAGUGCUGCUUCAACGCGUGCCACUGCCGCAGUGCCCAGCAGGCGGCGGCGGCGGCGUCGCAGAGCGCGCUGUGGGGCCGUGGUGGCGGGACGACGGCGGUCGGAGGUGGUGACCCGGAGCUGCUGCUGCUGCGCUCGCUGCCGCCACGGUGUACCGCGCCCGCGCCAGCGCCAGCGUUCGAACAAGGAGUGAGGACGCUGUGGAGUGCGUGCGGUGGGACACGGGCCAGCAGGGGCGUCGACCCGGAGCUGCUGCGCUCGCUGCCUGUCACGGUGUACCACGGUUCGGACAAGGGGCAGCGGUACGCGGUGGAGUGCGCCGUGUGCCUCGCCGAGCUCCGGGACGGCGAGGAGGCCCGGUUCUUGCCCCGCUGCGGCCACGGCUUCCACGCAGAGUGCGUCGACAUGUGGCUCGCCUCCCACACCACCUGCCCGCUCUGCCGCCUCACCGUCUCCAAGCCCGACGACGUAUCUCCUCAUCUGGCGCCUUCCUUGGCUCUCCCACCGGUCCCGCCGGAGCCCACGAACUACGCCACCGUCAACCUCCCCGCCAGCGUGCUUCUCGGGGUGUCUGACCAUGGCGCGGUCACUGCGGAGACUAUGACCACCGACGUCCCCACGAACCCAUCCACCUUGGUGAUCGAGAUCCCGGAGCUGGCCGUGCCGACGCCGACGCUGACCCCGUGCGACGCUGCCAAGUCACCGGGCUCGGCGAGGCUGAGAUCGUUCAGGAGGCUGUGGAGCUUCGGAAGGCAAGGGGCCGGAGCGACUCCUUCCUGCUCCUGUGCCGGUGCCGGCGCCAGCGAAGGAGUCGACUUGGAGCAGGGUAUCAGCUAG